AUGGAAAAAGUAGUAGCAUUCUUGCCUGACAAUAACCUCUAUGAGCCUUUUCAGUCAGGUUUCCGAUCUCUACACAGCACUGACACUGCACUAUUACGAGUAAACGAUCUUCUGCUUGCUGCGGAUGUGGGUUACAUCAAUAUCCUAGUGCUGCUUGAUCUUAGUGCUGCUUUUGAUACAUUAAACCAUACGAUUCUUCCUACACAUCUCUUGUCUAUUGGAAUCACUGGAACAGCUUUAGCCUGGUUCCACUCCUACCCCACUGACAGGCAGCAGUUCAUCACAAUUGAUGAGCUGCCUCAACCAGAAAACCUCAGCUUGUCAUGGAACCCGAACAGUUUGUCUUUAACUGCGCAGUGGAAUAGGCCGACCAACUUGGAUGCAGAUUGUGAAGUGAAAUAUGUCAUGAAAUUAUAUUAUGAGAAAUGUCCUCCCAAGAACAGAAAACCGAAGGAAUAUUGGCGAACAAAAAAAUUAAAUUUUACACUGAACAUUGACAAGGAGGAUGAACUAUGUGUUGGUGUAAUGACAGAGCCACAGACCUGUGAAAACAAGAACUUGAGCAAACCAGUAUACAAAGGCCUAUCUCCACCCCUAGCUUUAGUGAACAACUUCAGUUGUGUUUAUUACGCUGAUAAGAGGAUGAACUGCACAUGGACUUUAGUCAGCAACAUCAGUGAUCUUCAGCUCUUUUACAGAAACCUUAAUGAAACCAAAGACAUGCAAAAGUCUUGUACCUUGUACAUCACCAAUGGAAACAGCAAGACAGGCUGUCACAUCCACGAUGACUUAACAACUGAGAGUAUUUACAUAGUAUUUACUGUCAGUGGAACUGUGAAAGGUCUUGACACUCAGAAUAUAUUUGAAAUAAAGGCACGAGAUUCAGUGAAACCACCAACACCAGAGCUGGAAAUCCGUUUGGAAGACAGACACCUUCUUUUUAAUUCAAGCACCCCAGAUUUUGGAGCCUCACACUGUUGGCAACACAAGUACUAUUACAGCAAAUGCAAUGAAGAGAAGAAAGAACAAAUUACUGAGGGAGGUAUUUCAGCAAUACGAUUGGAAUAUGAUGAAGCCUGCAGAUACACUGUUCAAGUGGAGACCAUUUACAGUCAUUACUGUGGAGAGGUCAAAAAGAGUGCCAAAAGCCAAAUCAAAUAUUACGGCAAGGAUUGUGACCCAAACAUGUCAUUUAAAGUGAUAAUGAUAGUCAUGCCUAUAUUAGUGUCCUGGUGUCUCAUUGUGGCUCUGUUGUUGUUCAGGAGAAACAAGGAUAUCAUUUGCCCAGUGCUUCCUCAUCCCACUUUAUUGUUGUUUAAGGACAUCCUCAACACUAAUUAUGAUGGAUUCUCAAAGGAUCAAACUAAGGACAAAAUCUACGUGCCUGUUAAAGAGAUUGUGGCAAACGAUGUGCACUUGGAACCUUUAUCUGCAUUCUUACAUCCGAACCGUGAUGUCUGAUCCUAAAUCUCAGAGCGUCACCCUGCAGUACUGCAUUCUUUUUGUUUAGUUCAUUUAUUUUGCACCCUUGUUGCUAAGCUUAUUUAGACAUUGCUGGGAAGCUACUGUCUCUGUUGUGUAAGCAUGUGUGCCCGGAAGGUUUUGUAACAUUUUGUAAAGAUGAAUUGACGUGUUGGCGAAUUAUGCCAUCACAAUUCAAAAUAAAUAAUCGAAAUGUAUUAAUUUAUUUAAAAAAAAAAUAUGUAUAUGUAGUGUUCCAGCCAAAUUGACUCACAUAUUGGGUUGUUACACUCAUUUACGUAAAAAGUCAUAUUUUUCUUCUUGAGUGCAUUUAGGCAAUGUAUUAUUUUUUCAACUAUUAAAUUAGCUGUAAACUGGCAUUUCAAUACACUUUAAACCAGUGGUCCCCAACCUUUUUUGCACCAUGAACUGGUUUGAUAUAAAAUACAAUUUUACGGACCGGCGGGGGGAUGAGGGGGUUAAUAACUAUACUGCUCACAAAUGAGCUUUUUUCGCUGCAACGAGACGCUGCCUCCACCUGGGGGUGAUAUGAGAUGAUAAAUACCUGUGUGUUGGAAAUGGAAGCAGUGUUUUCAUUGCUGAUGUAGCGAUCUCUAAUUAUUUAUUCACUUUCUGUGCGGCCCGGUAGGAAAUGACCCACGGACCGGUACCGGUCCACGGCCCGGUGGUUGGGGACCACUGCUCUAAACCUUUUAAUUGAGAAUUUCUACCCCUUCGUUUUGAGUACUUUUUACAUUAAUGUUAAAAAUGUACAUUUCCAGUAACUGAGUGACACUUGCAAAGCCUGGCAAAUAUUUUAAGCAGAUUUACUUAAAGAAGUAAGCAACAAUGUUUUUAAGGGGCAUUUAUUUCUCCUCACAGGUUCUAUGUUUUAAUUCAUUCCAAAGAGCUGCCAGCAAGGUAAAGCUUAAGCAAUGCUGGGACUGUAAUAUAUGCUGUUAGCAUCUAUGGAUGAAUAAAUAAGAGGAAUUUAGAUUUAUUUUUAUUAUCAAUGCAGGUCAGUGAAAUGCCCUUAAACACAACAGUUAUUGGGCUUUAUGUGGAUCUUUGAAUGUACAGAAAAAAAAGACAUUUAAAACAAUAGAUACACAUGCUGAUGUUUUGCUAUGCAGUGAAAGCAUGGAGUUUUACUGUAUUAAUGGAAGUAUUUCAACUCAGGUGCUGAAAAUAUAUUUUUUUCUUUGAAGAAAGCUUCGGAAACGGGUCAUUAUUUACAUAUUUUUUGUUUAGCAAUCCUUCAACAUCUCCAAUUGCUGUGUAUAUAACUGUCCUAUAAUGUCCUCUAAUAUUGUACAGAAGAGUGCAUGUGAAUAUGGUUACAAUGAUACAUAGUUAUAAUAUUUUCUACACGUGUAAAUAAAAGGGUGUUGGUAACUUU